CGCCGCUCCAAAACCCCGCUCAAUCCCCAUUCCUCCUCGGGAGUCGGGUUCGCCGCUUCGGCUUUCAUUUCCCCUCCCGCCCACCUCUCCCUCUCUCCGCCGGACGAUCGCCUUUCACGAUGGCUCGCCGACGCCGCCGUGUCUUCCGCGGCAGGGUGCCCCCGGACCUCCACCGGGCCUACGGCGCACUUGCACGCACUCUCGGCCACGCCGUCCUCUCACUCAUCCCGCCGCCGACGCAGGCGGGCACACCCUGCUCUGCCUGCCGCGGACGCGGAGGCGCCGGUUGCCUCGCGUGCCGCCGCUGGGAGUACCUCCUCCGCGAUGGUGACCCGGUCGCGUACCGCAGCCUCAUCACCCGCGCUGUCUGCGCCGUCGCGCCGUCCGGGUCUGCAACCCCGCCGCCGCUGUACACGCCGGGGAAUGGCGGGCACUCACAGGCCAAGCUCGUUGGGGUGGCGAUCAAGUUGAUGAUGAUGGAUCGGGCGUGUACAACAACGAACGUCCUCUCCAGCGGUUGCCGUGCGAUUGGGGAUUUACUCAUGUGCUAUAUUCUAAGGCAUUCAUCAAUAUUUUUGCCUGUUAAGAAGAAUGUUUUUUUUCAAGUAACUGGCCUCCCGCUCAAUGAUUUCCUGCAAAAGCCUAUGUUUGCGAGUGCGGCAAAGAAUCAACAACCCCAAUCCACGAAAGGAAAAUACUUGUGCUAUCUGUGCCAGAACCCAGAGAGGUCACAAAUCAUUUAUGGAGGCUAUGCCAAUAAUUCCAAAGUUGCAUGUUCAGAACUUCCUUUGACUAAUGGACCAAUAAAGUGUUCCAAUUUAGACAAUCAAAAUUCUAGGAAAAGAAAAAGGCUGUACAAAUGGCAACGCCUCAAAAAACAGAAGCAGAUUUUUCCUAGUUCCGAGGACAAAUCAUUAACUAGUCAGAGUGAAAUAAGCACCAAUGGGUUUGGUGUCCAUGAUGUUUUAUUGGAGGACUUAUGUGCUACAGUGAAGGAUAAAUCACAGUUUUUGGAACCGACAGUAGAUAAUGAUUCCUUAGCAAUGAAUAUUAGAACUUCCCAGUGUAACAGUACAUCAAGAAUUCAAUCUACAUCCCCGCAAGUUGGACUUCCCAAUUUCAUGCAUCUCAAUAAUGGUCUCAUCUGCUUCAAUUGCUUAAUGUUGAAUUCCUCCAAACGUGUCUCAGUAGAUUUGCUUAUAUCAAGACAUACUAUCUUCUACAAUAGAAAGACUUCCUAUAACGUCUUCCAUGGCAACCACAUAUUAAACAAAAGGAAAAUACCAGAUGCAUUAUCACUUAUAAUACAUAUAUUUGGAUUCAAGGGAUGCUGCGCAAAGUUAUUGAAAUGCAACUGCCAUGUGUCUACUACAACAAAUUCUAAUUGCAUGUGUCUUUCGCUGCCUAAACUAAUGAAUAAGCUCAUCAGAAAUUCUAAGCGCUGCCAGUAUAGGAAACUAUUUCUGAAGCAUUGUCCUGUCAAUUCCAAGUGUGCAGCUGAUGUUGCCAAGAACCAUAAUAACAAGGCACACUUUUUAAUUGGAGGAAAAUCGGCAUACUAUGAUCAGUCUUAUGUUCAAUUGGAGGCUUACAGUACACAUCAACAAGUAGUUUCAUUCAUCUGGGCAGUGUUGACACGAAUUAUACCUGAGCCGUUGCUUGGAAACUCUAGCAGCAAGAGAUCUUUAAGGAUAAACAUUUGGAAAUUUAUAAAGUUGCGUAGGUUUGAAUCAUUUUGCUUGAGCGAUUGUAUUGGUGAGCUGAAAGUAUCACAUUAUUCUUGGUUAUCAAAUAUUGGAUUUUCUGAUUGCUUUUGCUCUGCUCUAAUGGAGAAAGAAAUUUGGUCAUCAAAUGGUUCCGAGGAGGAGAAACUUCAAAAUCUUCUGCGUUGUUGGAUUAGUUGGAUGUUUUCUGAUAUAGUGAUACCAUUAGUCCAGUCAUAUUUUUAUGUUACAGAAAGGGAAUCUAGGCGAUAUGAUGUUUUAUAUUAUCCAAAGACAGUUUGGAGAAACUUGACUAGUACAGCUAUUGCUUCCCUAAACAGACAAAACUUCAGGAUUUUGCGUGGUACAUCCAGGAAAGAAGCAAUCCAGUCAUGCUAUUUUUCAACAGUGAGGUUCAUUCCAAAAGCAAAAGAUAUGAGACCAUUAGUAAAUCUCAGAGCUCAAUCAAAAAAUGCCCUCCUCAAUAAUUGUCACCUGAUUAUAAACAAAGUAAAGGAUGAGAAUCCAGACAAGUUUGGUUCUUCUGUUUUUGAUUACAAUAAUGUGCAUCAAAAUAUCUGGCAUUUUAUUUCUUCAGUAAGAAGUCACCUGAAGGAAAAAAUAAAGAUAUAUAUAGUUGUUGCCGAUGUAUCGAAGGCAUUCGAUUGCAUUACUCAUGAUAUGUUACUGAAAGUUGUGGAUGAUGCAUUGAAAUGUGAUGACUAUGUUCUGAGGAAAUGCAAAAAAGUAGUUUGCAACUGGUCUAAGAAUGCCAUCUACCGUUUCGAUUCAAAUGUUUCUAUCAGCAACGGUGAUAAUGUAUGUGAUUUUUUGAUUCAGUUAUCAUCAAGGGGUGGCAUUUUAGUCGACCAGGGAAAAAGUUGCAAGAUACGGAAGAAAGAGAUUCAAUGUUUCCUUUCCAAGCAAGUGAAGUGCAACAUUUUGAAGAUUGGGCAAAACUUCUACUCACAACGAGUAGGCAUCAUUCAAGGAAACAAGUUAUCUCCCAACCUUUGUUCCCUGUACUUUGGUCACCUUGAAAAUUCUGAGCUAUUGAAAUCUCUUCAUGAUAACAAGAUUGAUUCAGAAAAGGAUGUUUUAACACCUAGAAGUUUAUUAAUGAGGUUCAUUGACGAUUUCAUAUUCAUAUCUUUCUCCAAGGAGCAAGCUCUAAAUUUCUUCAAUAGGAUGAGAAGAGGGUUUGUCAACUACAACUGCUACAUGAAUGACAGCAAAUAUGGUUUCAACUUCGAGGUUGCAAACAGUGAACAUUGUAGUAAUAGGAUCUACAAGGGUGAUGAUGGAUUCUCUUUCAUACCAUGGAGUGGCUUGCUUAUAAAUUGUGAAACUUUGGAAAUUCAAGCUGAUUAUACAAGGUAUCUGGACAUCCAUAUUUCCUCCACCAUCACUGCUAAGAUGCAUUCUUCAGCGAAGUACCUUGAGAGCAAGCUGUGUCAUUACAUGCGUCCGAAGUGUCAUCCCAUUUUCUUUGAUUCUGUGAUCAACUCACCAGGCACAGUAAGACUGAACAUAUAUCAAAAUUUCCUCUUAUGCGCAAUGAAGUUUCACUGUUAUUUCCGGAGCAUGCCUGAUCCCGGUAUCAUGAAACCGGAGCUACUGCAUAUAAUUAAGAGAACGUUCAGAUAUAUGCAUAGCCUCGUCGCCAAACGGAUGCACGAAGCGGAACUGCAAUACGACGUGCGCCCAGUUCUGAAGCUUAGGCGAAAGGAAACCAUGUGGCUUGGCCUGUCAGCGUACCUUCGAGUGCUUCAGAAAAAGCAAUCACGUUACAGUGAAUUGUUGGCGUCGCUGAGAGAAGAAAUUGGGAGAUGUGGUCAUCUGGACCGUCACAACGAUGCUUUGCGCUACGCUGUAGAUGACUCUCACUCGUCAGUGUUCUGGAAGUUUAAGUUCUAGAAGGAAACUGGGAGAGUAGAAGAUUGCUGGAGCUAGUGUCUUUUGUGAACAGGAACCUUUGGUGUCCAAGUGACAGACGAGUGGGGUCAAACAUGGUCGAGACUUUUGUUUUGAUAUAUACUCCCGCCAUUUCGUAAUGGGCAUUCAUGGCCUUGGAUCUAUCCGUUUCACAAUGCUAGCUUCUACAUACAGAUGGGCACACUAAUAUGCGUCCUGCUGUACCUCACACGAUAUAGCUUCUACAGAUGCAACUCUUUUUGUCGGGAAUAUGCCA